AUGCACGGUUCAAUUCACACAUUGCUUCCUCGAGAGGAUGAUGAUGGUGGGGCCUCUCAUGGCCGACGGGCAUUGGUGGUAACGGCAGUCCUAACCGCCAUUUCAAUUCUCAUUGUCGGAAUGCGAUUGUAUGCACGAUUUGGAUUGAUGAAAAUUGCUGGCCGUGAAGAUUGGGCUAUUCUGGUCUCUUUGACAUUUUCCAUUAUCUAUCUUGCACUCGUCGCUGCCCAACUACAUUAUAAAAUGGGUGUCCACUCGGCACUACUUUCCAGUCAUGUCUUACAGCAACAACUCAAGUGUUUGUGGGCUGCAAUCCCUAUGUACAAUGCCAGCUUGGCAUUCAGCAAAUUCUCCAUUCUCCUCCAAUAUCUACGCAUCUUCCCUGCCAAAAGAUUUCGCCUCGCCUGUUAUGUCAUGAUAGCGAUCGUGGCUGCCUACUCGUCGUGGGCCAUUGUGAGCGGCUUCGUGGACUGUGUCCCUGUGGCAAAAUUUUGGAACAAGGACUUGCCAGGCAGCUGUCUCAGCUUCGAGGCUGUCUGGUUCUUCAAUGCUUCAAUGAAUAUUGUAACCGAUAUAGCACUACUAGUCUUGCCGAUGCCGCUACUUUCCAAGCUACAGCUGCCCCGCAUGCAGAAGAUCGCCUUAAUGGGUGUCUUUGCCAUGGGUCUCUUGGUUGUAGUCACCAGCAUUCUCCGCCUAUCUAGUUUACGUGAAGUAGCAAAAAGCCCCGAUACUUCCUACAGCAACGUUGCAGCCGCCUAUUGGACCGCCGCAGAAUGCAACGUCGCUAUCAUGUGCGCCUGUCUCCCGUUCUUGCGACCUAUCAUCAGCCGCAUCUUCCCUAAACUGCUUUCCGGAGGUAGCUCGAAUCCCUAUGCCAAUAAAUCCGCAGGGACAAACCUCACGGGAACUCGCGCUCUGACACACCAUACUCAGAUGUUUACUUAUAACCACGAUAAGGACUAUGAGAUGUAUUCGAUCAAUGUUAAGCUUGGUGACCACUCCAGUCACAUUUCGCUCGGCGGUAUUGAGGUUACCACCGAGAUGAGCAUGAGUAUUAUGCAGGAGGCAACUCCGAAGAAUAGUACCAGUGAGCAUAAGGUGGUUAUGGAUGCUUGA